ACAAAUAGGUUGAUUCGCAUCACUCGGCGGUCGCUAUAAGACUGAGGUCCAUAAAGAGGAAUAUGAUAAUAAAUAACUGCAUGGGAAGGAUGCUCCCUGAGAAGCCCAUAAAGAGAAAUAAAAUAUUAAAUAAUUAGGAAUCAUGGAUCUUGGCUCAUAAAAUAGGAUAAAAUAAUCAAUAACUAAAAAGGGUCUUUGGCCUGUAAAGAAAGAUAAAAUAAUAAAUGAAGGUUUCGGAAAGUCGAUCGGUAACUCGUCGAAUAGUUUCCGCCGUCGUUGUAUAGAUGGCGCAUCGAUCGAAUUUUAAAAAUUCUAGGCAGCCUUUUUAAAACACAAGUCUGUCAAGAAAUAAAAUUAACAGAAUCUAAAAUCUUGUUUCUUUAUCUAAUACAAAAAUACAUCCAUAACAUAGGAGAUAUUAAGAUUUCCAGGACCACCACAGUCUUCAAGACUAAAAGAUUCUCUAAAUAACUUUCCAAGCGUCUAAAUUAUAUAUUACCCUCUAUGAAUUCUACAUAUCGAUCAAAAACCAAUAAAUAAAAAGCAAGUAAUAAUAAUCCCAGCAGUUUAUCAACGAAGAACGCAAGCUUGUCGAAGAUAACUGAAGGUGGAUACCAGUUUCUCGUUGCCGAUCCUCGGAUCGUAGAACGGAACGAAUUGCGCCGGGUGUCGCAGCAGAGGAGAUCGAUCGAUCCUCCGCGUAGUCUGUUGGCCAUGAACGUGCGUGAUCACGAAGAAACCGCAGAGAUACCGAGUCGGGCAAAGGUUCGCUGAUCAACGCUUCAUCAUCCAAGUCAGUCGUUCCAGCGAGUUGCUGUCGAAAAGCACGAUCGGGCGAGUACCUUUCAGCUUUUCGAAGGAAGAGAGAGAGAGAGGGAGGAAAAAGGAUCGUCUCGAAGGAAGCGCCGGAACGCUCUGAGAGCGUACAGGAAGUACCUCGGGAGAGACGUAGUUGGCGCAUGCGCGGUCGAGUCUUCAUCCAGAUUGAAUUUAACCAUGGAGAAUGAGGGAUCUCCAUCCGUCAUCAUAAACGAGUCGCCGGAAGGUAUACGAGGGUGGAUAGAAUCGGUGAUAAUCACAGCAUCGCAAACCUCUGUGGGUCAAGCAUUGUUCAAACUCCUCGAUUCGUUUUUGUGGGUCGUCGAAAAAUCCGCGCAAUGGAGUUUACCGUCCCACGAAGUCGCAGCAGAAGAGAAUGGAAAGGUGUUUGGAAAAAUUGAACUGGUCAGACCAUUGCCAUGGGUCCUUUUUCUACCAGGAUUGGUCAUCCUUCGCAUCAUCAGGGUGGGAUUGAACGUGGGUGCCUUUGUACUGGGCUACCCAAAAAUACAACCAAGUGGAAUGGUAAAAUUUGUUCAGAAAGGCCGCAGACGAUUAAGAGCCUUUAAUUUGAAAGCAGUGAAGUCUGUCAGACGUACCACCAAGGACAAGAGAUUGACGAUGAUCGAGGCGAAGAAAGCCCUGAUCAGAUCUAUCAGACUGACUCUGUCGACGUUGUCUUGUCUGGACUCGUCUAACUCGUCGCCGUCGCCUCCACCCACCAAAAUUCAUGUAAGCAAGAUGGAACUUGAGCCGAUGGCUACUCCAGAUGAAAAAUCAACAACAGAGUCAGUCGGAAGUCCCAUAAACACAAAAAUCAAGCGGAAGUUCUCCGAGGUGAGUUCCGACAAUGAAAGUACUGAUGAAUCAGAAACUGAAACCCUGGAUACAAAACUCGAGAGACUCGCACUGGAAAGUAGCACGGAUGAUCCUGAUUUCAAUCCAGCCGAAUGCAGCUCGGAAUCAAGCUCGGCGAGUAGCGAGAACGAAGUGGAAAAGGAAAUGAGCUUAGAGGAAUUGGUGGAAGUUCAGGAAGAAGCUAAAGAAUUCUACAACAACGGCGAAGAGAAGCCUGUCAUAAUAUCUCUUGAAAAUCUGAAAAGGAAUUCGAGGAAAGAUGAGGAGUUGGGAGAAGAGGUGAAACACGUGGACAGUUCGGAAUCCAAGUUGGAAACGGUCAGCAGCAUAACAAACGAAUUCAUCAAUGGAGAAAUCAGUUCCACGAUUGAUACUCGAUUGACAGUUCUUGCAGAAGAAGUACUACCACCAGCAUCUGUACCAGCACCAAUACCAGCACCAGCAUCUGUACCAGCACCAGUACCAGCACCAGCACCGGAAGUCAUCGAGAAAGUGUCCCCCAAGAAAUCACCCCCGCAAAUUCCUGCAGCGUCUCAUUCACGAAAUUUCAUUGCAAAAGAAAAUUCGUCCACGAUUCCAGAAAGAAAAGGUUACAAGCACAAGAAACCAGGCCGAAGGGAAACCAAGUAGAGGACUCUCUAUGCUGGAACCGGAAAUAAGAGUCCUUACACGUCGAUUUUCACGAAACGAAUUUUCUUUGUUCUGCUUCUUAUUCAUCUUCUUUUUUUUUCUUUUUUUUUUAACGAACGUUGGCGAGAUUGUGAAGAAUCAAUUGAUAGAGGAACUCGUUAAUGAUUAUUUUUAUUAUCAUUUCUUUUUAUAUAUUCAGGAAAAAUAGUUUCGUAAUUUCGCGACGCGAUGACGGCACGUUUCUUCUUUCUUUUUCAUUCAUAGCGAUAAGAAAUUGAGAAAGAUGGUUAAUUAAAAAAUAUUUUACGAACAAUUGCUGCGAUUCGAUUGAACAAUUUUCUACGUGUGCGUGUUUAUGAACGAGUGUAUGUAUUAACGUAUUAUUAAUUUUUCUUUUGUAACAGAAAUAUGGUUAUUUAUUCAAUUCAUUUUUUCAUCGGUAUAAUAUUUGUUAAGGAAAGAAAUAUGUUCAAUUUCAGGAUGUAUCAUUUUUCUCUUUCUCUGAGACUUUUUUUCAAAUUUGCGAGUACGUCAGUGUAUAUACGAUUAAUCUUAAUAAACUUUUCGUAUGAAAAUA